AUGGGAGGUGGGGAGCUACUAGGCCGAACGGAGCUGGAAGAGGAUGAUGAAGAAGAUGAAGUGACCGGCGGCGAGCUAGAGGGCGAGGAGCUAGGUGAGGGAGAGCUCGACGAAGACGUCGUUGGAACGGGGAUGGAUGAAGAUGAAGUAACCGGAGGCGAGCUGGAAGGCGAAGAGCUUGGUGAGGUGGUGGGAGCAGAGCUGGAGGGUGGGGAACUCGAUGGAGGCACCGGACUGCUUGACGUCGCAGAGCUACUUACGGAAAAUGGACUGGAGAUUGGUGCCGUGAUAACUGGGGAUGCCGGCGGGGAAGAAGACGCGCUUGAGAUACCGCUUCCGGGAGAGGAGGCAGGAGGAGAUGAGCUGAUUGCGAUGGAGGAGCUCCCGAUGCCAGAGGAGACAACACUUGACGUGGACACUGACGCGCCAGGGGUGCUCGAAGUGCGAGAGCUGGAUCCCAUAGACACAGGGCUUGACGAGCUUGUAGCUAGAGAGCUGCUUGCCAUUGACGAGCUCGGAGUCGAGACUGGACGGGUGCUGGAGCCUGAGCUACUGAUGCUUGGGACACUGCUCGGGGCUAUGCCGCCGACAAUAGCCAGAAUGAACUCUCCCACAAAUUGGCCAGUGGCGGCUGGACUGGAGACAGGGCUAGACGGCACAUUUGUUGACGGGACACCUGUUGACGGGACAAUUGUUGACGGCACGGAUAUGGCCGAGCUGCUAGAUCCACGGCUGGUUGGUGAUGAACUGCUUGGAGGCACUGAGCUAGGCAAGGAGCUGACUCCAGACAGUGAGACAGAUGCCGACCCUAAUGAAGAGGCUGGGGUCGAUCCAGACGCAACAGGGCUGGACUGGGCGCUGCUUCCUGACAGGCUACCAGGCGUCGUCGAGACACUGACAGAUACAGUGCUAGCUCCUGACGUCGUCAUGGAGAUGGUGCUCGCAGUGGUUGAUGCAGGGAAUGGCGUUAACCGCGCUUUGGCGUUUGCCAAGACGGAAACCACGACGACGCUUGUUCCCAGCCGCCGCGCAUUGUUCCGCGGGGAUGAGAGGAAGAUCCUUGAUAACACUACCACAGUAGCAGGUGCCCUGGUCGGCACCAGUAUUGGUGAGCCCCUUGGUCGCGCAGUAGACGGCGCAAGUGGCCGCACUAUAGCUUGCAGCGUCGGUGAGCGUGUUCCCACUGAAUGGUGA